AAAGCUCGAGGAUAAAGACAAGAGAUGGAUGUACUCUCCUUUGUAAUUCUUGGCGGUUUGUGAGUUUUCAAGGCCUGACCAGCAAUUAGAUAUUUUCCAGAAAUAUCUCUGAUAAUGAACUGCUUCACACUAGCCGCGCCCAUGGCCUUUGUCCACUUGUAAUCCAUGCAGUAGCCAACUGUCUCCUUCACAUAUAUUUGCAGCAACCAGAAAACCCUUCGCAGCAAGCUAAGAAACUGAUAUAAAUUCAACCACUUGUCUCAAAAUAUUAUCAGUAACUACGGACCAUCUUCUCCACCCUUUUUUACUGUGUUGGCUAGACUAAGUCAAUCAACCUAGAUGGCCCCGAGCUUUGGUGGAACCGGGAACUACGUUGGCUCGUUUGAGGUCUUUCUUGAACGCUGGUUCGCUCGUCAACAGAACUUACUCGAGGAGUUACUGAGGACAGAAGAAACUUACCAUGAGUCUCAAGAUCAAGAUGGAAUCAGAGAACUUAUUGAUAGGGUUAUUGCUCACUAUCAAGAAUACUUGUCAGAAAACUCGCGAAUGGCUAAUAGAUGUACAUUCCUUAUGUUCUCGCCAACUUGGCUCAGCCCACUGGAGAAAGCCCUUCUUUGGAUUGCCGGGUUUAAGCCCGGGCUAGCACUUCAUCUCGUGACAAGCUCAGUGAGUGAUUUAUCAGAGAAUCAAAGACAAAGAAUUGAACGCUUGAAGCAUGAGACAAAAAUGGAAGAGAAAUUGUUGGCAGACGAAUUGUCGAGUAUUCAAGAAAGUGUGGCAGCUCCUCCACUAGCAGAGGUAGCGAAGGAGGAAGGAAGGAGGCAGCUGAUGGAGGGAGAAAUUAUAGAAACUCCUGAUUCGGAACUGGAGACUUUGAGAUCAGCCGUGCAGAGUUUGCUGAUUCGUGCGGAUCUGUUGAGGGCUAGAACAGUUCAAGUGGUGGUUGAAACACUGAGUCCUCUCCAAAAUGUGAAAUUCUUUGCGGCGGGGAUUCAGUUCCAGAUUAGAAUUCGGAUGCUGGGAAGGCAGAGAGAGGCUGAGCAGCCUCGACAUGAAGUAAUGGUUGGUAGAUUUUCAUCUACCCUCUAAUCUUGUUGUAGCGUCGUCGGCUUCACGAAGUGACGGACUGAUACUGUUUUAAUGUGCUAAUAUUUGCAGUUUAUGUAAUGUGUGCUAGUAUGUGUUUGGCUCUGUAA